UUUCCAGGAGCAUAGCUGUCACAUUCUUCAGGAGAUACAAGAACGUGAAUGGCUGACUCUCUGGAUGCCUUUGGCUUCUCCCUUUGACUGUCAGACACCAGACUCAAAAUGUAAAACAAUGUCAAACAGGUUUGGUGACACGGUGUCCGCCCUUCCCAGGGCUAGGUAUUAAACCAUCUGCAUCUUGGAGAAAGGCGAGCUGUGUUACUUAGAGAGGGCAUCCCUCUUGAUGUUCUCUCAGAUCCUAGGAAGGGUCAAUUGAAAGCAGCUCUUUGAGGAUCCCCAGAAAUCGAAUAUGGCAUGCCAAUGGGGGGCAACUAAAUCUGGACUGACAGUAGCCCUGCUGCUAGUGUUGAUAACACUGAUGGGAAGAGGGAUUGCCAUGAAGCAGUAUUAUAAUCCUUGUGAUGAUGAAGAAAUACCUAACAGAGGUUCCCAUUUGUCCCGUACUCGUCAGGUAUGUGGCCGACCAGCUACCCUGAAUAGGAAUGUUGGGGGUGAGGACUCUGUAGAAGGCGAGUGGCCAUGGCAGGCAAGUGUAAGGAAGAUGGGCAAACAUAUAUGUGGAGGGGCCCUCAUCACCCAUGAGUGGGUGGUGACAGCAGCACAUUGUUUCCAACCAGAUGAUGAUCCAUACCGAUAUACUGUGGUGUUAGGUGCCAACAACCUGGAAAAUUCCCGGCCCCACAAGCAAUCCAUAGGAGUUGGAAAUAUCAUCAGAAACCCACGAUAUGCAGGGGAGGCUACAAGUGGAGACAUUGCCUUAGUACGGUUGGCUCAUCCAGUGAGGUUCACAAAUUACAUCAUUCCAAUAUGUGUGCCUACAGCCAAUGUGGAGUUCCCCCCAGGCAUGAAGUGUUGGGUCACUGGAUGGGGAGACAUCAGUGAAGGACAGGACCUACCUUCUCCAAAGAAGCUCCAGAAACUCCAGGUGCCCAUAAUAGACAUCCAGACCUGUAGAAGACUUUACAAUAUUGAUAUGGGCCAGAGCCUGCCCCGGAAACAAAUCCAAAAUGACAUGAUGUGUGCUGGAUAUGCGGAGGGCAUGAAAGAUACAUGCAAGGGUGAUUCUGGAGGACCGCUCAUGUGUAAGAUCAACCGGGAAUGGCUCCUGGCUGGUAUUGUGAGCUGGGGAGAAGGCUGUGCCGAGAGGAACCGUCCUGGUGUGUACAUUCGCUUGACUUCAUACCAGGACUGGAUUGGAAGGAUUAUUCCUGAUCUUCAGUUUGUUGAUGCUAGGAAGUCUAACAACAAAAUCAAGAACCAAGGCAUCAGUGGAGCUGAUGGAAGGGAGCCAAGCUUCUUUCUCGUAGCUCUGCUUAGUAUGUUGAUGUGGACUCUCAAUAAUGUCUUGGCACUGGCAUAGAAUUUGCGGAAUGAACUCAUCACAGGUGGACAGUGUUAUGAAAUUCUGCCUCUUUUCAUCUUCCCAUCUCUCAGUAACUCCUAAUUUUGUCAUAAUUGCUGUCCUCCUUAACAUCAUGAGCACAAAGGGAAGCAUCCCAAAUUGGAAAUAUUCAAUGGUUUAGAGCUAA